UCUGGAUGUCUAUAUAAGACUCAUGGCCUUCUCGACCAACAACGAUCUCUACGAACCCAUCUACGGAGACUUCAAGCGACGACCUUGAUCAUCUAACGCCAAACAACAUCUUUACCUCUACCGUAAGACCUUUGCACAACAUUCAAUAUGGCCAUCACCAGAAUCGGACUCAUUGCCCUCGCCGACGGCCCUCAGCAAGAUGAGGCAGUGAAGAGGUUCAGCAACUUCGUCAACGACUGCAAAAAGGAGGACGGCUCAACGUACCUCGUUGCCUCGAAGGCUAGCAAGUGCAAGGUUCUCACAGACGUCCCGGGAUCCCAGGCAUGGUCCGUCGUUUACGAGAUCACGUUUGCCAAUGAUGCGGAUAUGGAGUACUACCAGACAAAGGAUCCAAUUUACCAGGAGCUGAUGAAGCAGGCGGCUGAGGGCAAGGCAACGGGCUUCAUUGCCGUGUCUGCAGAGUUCUAGAUGCUGGUCGUGUAGAUAUCCGAUGAAACUUUGGCACGAAUUUACGAUGUUUCAGUAGCGCGCGUGUAGUCCAUCUCUAUGACAAGAGCGAAGCCUGGAGAUUCGAUGCAAUACGGCAUAACGUUUUUCAUGUAGUGGAGAUACUGCAAAGAGUGCUGCUUCUGCUGAAAUAUGUCGUGACUAUCGACAUUGAUUACAUGAUAGCAGUGCGAGCUGGAUGAAGG